AAUAAUUAACAGCUAAUAAUAUGUAAUUAUUAUUAUUAGUUUAUGUUCUCCUAGUCGAUUCUAUUCUCUCUCACACACUUGCUCAGGCGCUUGGUGUGCCUUAUAUCGAGCUCAGCUGACUCGAGCGAUCAUCGCCGUCGUGAACCCAGGUUUGAUUUUAUUCGGAUACACCUAGAUAAUUUAAUUUCUGAGUCUUGAGGUUGGAAUGGGGAGUGUCAAUGAAGAAAAACUCAGAUUUUGCAUUGACAGAGGAGGCACUUUCACUGAUGUGUAUGCUGAAAUCCCUGGCAAUCCUGAUGGCCGAGUUCUGAAACUCUUGUCCGUUGACCCAUCGAAUUAUGAUGAUGCUCCAGUAGAAGGGAUUCGUAGGAUACUUGAAGAGUAUACUGGAGAGAAAAUUCCAAGAACUUCAAAGAUUCCCACAGAUAAGAUUGAUUGGAUAAGGAUGGGUACAACUGUGGCCACUAAUGCUCUCUUGGAAAGAAAAGGUGAAAGAAUUGCUCUUUGUGUGACUCGUGGGUUCAAGGACCUGCUGCAGAUUGGUAAUCAAGCACGGCCAAAUAUCUUUGACCUAACUGUAUCAAAACCCUCGAAUCUUUAUGAGGAGAUCAUAGAGGUUGAUGAAAGAGUUCAGCUUGUUCUUGAUGAGGAGCUAGUUGACCAAAAUUCUUGUUCACCACCAGUAGUUAAAGGAGUGUCUGGUGAGCUUGUCAGGGUUGUGAAGCCUCUUGAUGAAAAAGCUUUGAAACCUCUAUUGGAAGGCCUAUUGGAGAAGGGAAUUAGCUGUUUGGCUGUUGUAUUGUUGCAUUCUUACACUUUUCCACAGCAUGAAAUAGCUGUGGAAAAGUUAGCUGUGAGUUUGGGUUUCAGACAUGUUUCCUUGUCUUCAGCUUUGAGUCCUAUGAUUCGAGCUGUCCCUAGGGGUCUAACAGCUAGUGUGGAUGCUUACUUAACCCCAGUCAUUAAAGAGUACUUAUCAGGAUUUAUUUCUAAAUUUGAUGAAGGGCUGGGGAAGGUGAAUGUUCUAUUUAUGCAAUCAGAUGGAGGACUUGCACCUGAAAGUAGAUUUUCAGGACAUAAAGCUGUUCUAUCAGGUCCUGCAGGAGGAGUUGUUGGUUACUCUCAGACUCUUUUUGGACUUGAAACAGAAAAGCCCCUUAUUGGGUUUGAUAUGGGUGGUACAUCUACUGAUGUAAGCCGAUAUGCUGGGAGUUAUGAACAAGUUAUUGAAACCCAGAUUGCUGGCGCCAUAAUACAGGCGCCUCAGCUUGAUAUAAAUACUGUUGCUGCUGGUGGUGGAUCAAAGUUGAAGUUCCAAUUUGGUGCUUUCCGGGUAGGACCAGAAUCUGUGGGUGCUCACCCAGGGCCAGUUUGUUACAGGAAAGGAGGGGAAUUGGCGGUUACAGAUGCUAACCUUAUUCUAGGAUUUGUUAUUCCUGAUCAUUUUCCAUCCAUUUUUGGCCCCAACGAAGAUCAGCCUCUAGAUAUCAAGGCAACUAGAGAAGAAUUUGAGAAGCUUACGGAGCAAAUAAAUUCAUAUAGGAAGAGCCAAGAUCCAUCUGCAAAGGACAUGACAGUGGAAGAUGUUGCACUGGGAUUUGUCAAUGUUGCAAAUGAAACAAUGUGCCGUCCAAUACGGCAAUUAACUGAGAUGAAAGGUCAUGAAACAAGGAACCAUGCUCUUGCUUGCUUUGGAGGUGCUGGUCCACAGCAUGCUUGUGCCAUUGCUAGAUCAUUGGGUAUGAAUGAAGUACUCAUUCACAGGUUUUGUGGGAUCUUAAGUGCUUAUGGUAUGGGAUUAGCAGAUGUUGUAGAAGAGGCACAAGAGCCAUAUUCUGCUGUCUAUGGUCCUGAAUCUGUCUUGGAGGCUUCUCACAGAGAAGAUAUGUUAUUAAAGCAAGUAAAGCAGAAGCUGCAAGCUCAGGGAUUCAGAGAGGAAAACAUUACAACAGAAACAUAUCUAAAUUUGAGGUAUGAAGGUACUGAUACUUCCAUAAUGGUAAGGGGACAUGUAAAUGAAGAUGGAUCUGUAUGUGACUAUGCUGUGGAAUUUGUAAAGCUAUUCCAGCAGGAAUAUGGAUUCAAACUGCAAAACAGGAAUAUUCUUAUAUGUGAUGUAAGAGUUCGUGGUAUUGGAGUCACUAAUAUUUUGAAGCCACAGGUCCUGGAACCAAUAUCUGGCUCCCCAAAAGUGGAAGGUCACAACAACAUUUAUUUUGGGAAGGGAUGGCACCAUGCACCUGUAUUCAAGCUUGAAAAUCUGGGCCCUGGACAUAUUAUUCCUGGCCCUGCAAUCAUCAUGAAUGGAAAUAGUACCGUCAUAGUGGAACCCAACUGCAAAGCUAUUAUAACCAAAUAUGGAAACAUUAAAAUUGAAAUUGAGUCUAAUAUAAGCACUGUGAAAAUAGCUGAAAAAGCUGCAGAUGUUGUGCAGCUCUCAAUUUUCAAUCACAGGUUUAUGGGAAUAGCUGAACAAAUGGGUCGGACACUUCAGCGGACUUCCAUUUCAACGAACAUCAAGGAAAGGCUAGAUUUUUCCUGUGCUCUGUUUGGUCCGGAUGGGGGACUAGUUGCAAAUGCUCCCCAUGUACCUGUGCACCUUGGAGCCAUGUCAAGUACAGUUCGAUGGCAGCUAAAUUACUGGGGUGACAAUCUGAAUGAAGGUGAUGUGUUGGUUACCAAUCAUCCUUGUGCUGGAGGAAGCCAUCUUCCAGACAUAACUGUCAUUACACCAGUUUUUGAUAAGGGGAAGCUGGUAUUCUUUGUUGCAAGUAGAGGGCAUCAUGCAGAGAUUGGGGGUAUUACUCCUGGAAGUAUGCCUCCAUUUUCAAAGUCUAUAUGGGAAGAAGGAGCUGCAAUUAAAGCAUUUAAGCUUGUGGAAAGGGGAGUCUUUCAAGAAGAAGGAAUCAUCAAACUUCUGAAGUUCCCCUGUUCUGAUGAUUCCGCUCAUAAAAUCCCAGGAAGCCGCCGUCUUCAAGAUAAUUUAUCAGAUCUACAUGCACAAGUAGCUGCCAACAAGAGAGGAAUUUCCCUUAUCAAAGAGCUAAUUGAGCAGUAUGGUUUGGACACUGUUCAGGCAUACAUGAACUACGUGCAGCUUAAUGCAGAAGAGGCAGUGAGACAAAUGCUCAAGUCAGUUGCUGCUAGAGUUUCUUCUCAAUCAGCUAGAUUUGGAGAAAAUGCUUUGGUAACCAUUGAGGAAGAUGAUUACAUGGAUGAUGGGUCUGUGAUUCAUCUAAAACUUACUAUUGAUUCAGAUAAAGGUGAAGCGAUUUUUGAUUUUGGUGGGACUAGCCCUGAGGUGUAUGGGAAUUGGAAUGCGCCAGAAGCAGUAACAGCUGCAGCUGUAAUAUACUGUCUUCGCUGUUUGGUUGAUGUUGAUAUUCCUCUCAACCAGGGCUGCUUGGCCCCUGUUAAAAUCCAUAUUCCUUCUGGAUCAUUCCUUUCUCCAAGUGAGAAGGCUGCUGUGGUUGGAGGUAAUGUUCUCACAUCUCAAAGAGUGACUGAUGUUGUACUUACUGCAGUUCAGGCCUGUGCUUGUUCCCAAGGUUGUAUGAAUAAUCUCACUUUUGGGGAUAAUACUUUCGGUUAUUAUGAAACAAUUGGGGGUGGAAGUGGUGCUGGUCCAAGCUGGGAUGGGACGAGUGGGGUCCAAUGCCAUAUGACUAAUACCCGUAUGACUGAUCCAGAAAUUUUUGAGCAGAGGUAUCCUGUUGUUUUGCAUAAAUUUGGAAUAAGAGAGAACAGUGGGGGAAGUGGACUUCAUAAAGGCGGUGAUGGGCUCGUAAGGGAAAUAGAGUUCAGGCGACCAGUUGUAGUGAGCAUUCUUUCAGAAAGGCGAGUUCAUGCUCCAAGAGGUUUAAAAGGAGGAAAAGAUGGUGCUCGCGGGGCUAACUACCUGAUUACAAAAGAUAAAAGGAGAGUUUACCUUGGAGGUAAGAAUACAGUUGAAGUGCAGGCUGGAGAAAUUCUUCAGAUAUUAACUCCAGGUGGUGGCGGUUGGGGUUCUUGAUUAUGCUGGGGUAUAGUGCUGCAUAAUGAGUAUUGUUUUCUGUUGAAUUUGCUGUUUUGCUCGUCUUGAUGUGGCAAAACUGCCUGAUUGUUGCAAUAUAAACAUGUUUUUUGGGAAACAAAUAAAUAAUCAAAAUUUUCCUUUCUUGCUA